UGGGCAGGGAUAGAGACAAGGCAGCAAACCCAGAGGAGCCCAGAAGAGCCAAGCCAUGGAGCAGUACCUCUCAGCUACCGAGAAGAUGGAGCAGGAGGUGAUGUUCCCCAGCCUGCUCCGAGGAGUCUUCCCAGAGCAGGAAGGGGCAGACCCGGCCACAGGAGGCAACACGGACCUCUAUGAGCGCUACCAGCUCCUCAAAUCCAUCAAACCUGUGGUGGAGAAAGGCCUGGCCUCUGUCACCGACCAGAGCCACGGCGACACCGACGACGACACCGUCUCAGCUGAGGACACAGACAGCAACCUGGAAGAACGCCUGUCCCACCACGUCAAUGGCUUGCAGCAAGUCCUGACUGACCUUACCAAAAACACCAAAGCCCUGACCCGAAGGUACAGCCAGAUCCUGGAGGAGAUCCACCUCACUGAUGACCAUUCUAGCUAGUGAGCCUCCAUCCUCAUCCUCUGAGGGUGUCUGUUGCAUGCAGCCCAGCAGCACAUUUCCUCCUGUGCCAAGUCCCACCAGGGAACGUCCUUCGUGAGCAGCGCAGAGCUGGGCACUGCCUGAACCAUCUGAGCUGCCCCGUGUCAGAUCCCACCACCACCAUCCUUGCUGCUUCAUUUCACCACUGUCCCAGGGGGAUUUCUGCGGGGCAGAAAUGAGUGUUUUGUGGUUUUUGCUUUGUAAAAGGCAUCUGUAACUUUGAAGCCAUGCACAUUUUUUUGUUUUUUUUCUUUUUUUUCUGCGUGUGCCUAACCCCCUUUUCCAAACCAGUCUCUCUGACAAUAUAACAGCUUCCAAAGGCUGAUCUGAAAUGAAACACAAAUCCUUGUGCAAA